CUUGCUUUGGCCGUACUCCAGAGCACAGUCGUACGCAUCCGAGGCAGCAGCAAGGUACAACUCCUCCCGGAGCUCCCGAGCGUCGGUCAUUGUGCGGGUAAACAAGCCGAGAAACAGCUGACGUGAUACAGUGAGGUGCAGUGAGCCGCUUCCGCCGACGCAGCUUACAUUUACGCCGGCCGGUACUUUACGCAAAACCCGUUUGCACUUGUCGCGCGUUUGCGGAAAGUGCGAGCAUUGUUUUGUUUACAUCUCGCAGCGCCCUCGAUUGCUUGGCCCUGUGCGUGCGUGUUGAAGUGGUGUUAGUGAGCUCGAACAGCGCGCUGUGUGGUUGAUUGCUUGGUGGUUCGUGCACGUGCUAGCAAUGGCCAACGAUCGGAGCGACCUCUGCGUGCAAGUACUCGAAGCGGCGACCGACUGCAGGCGGCUGUCCCGGGUGUUGGAAUGUUUUUCCACCGAAUUUGCUCGCCGCCCUAGCUUCGUUGUGCGGUGCAGUGGAAGGGUGAAUAUUAUCGGUGAGCAUGUCGACUACUGUGGGUAUCCCGUGUUUCCGAUGGCGAUUGAGCAGACGAUCUUGCUGGCAGUUGCUCCAUCGGACGACAACCUCCUGCAUAUUAAAAAUGCUGACAACAGCUUCAAGUCGUACAAGUGCAAUGUGCUCACCUUUAGCAUCGAUGUUCCGAGCGUUGGCGGGCCUAACUGGUAUCAGUACGUACUGUGUGGCGUGAAAGGCAUACUAGACAACAGCACCAUACAGCACGACCCAGCCCGUGGCAUGAUGAUCAUGCUUUCCGGCAACAUUCCACCAGCGUCCGGUCUAUCCAGCUCGAGUGCGAUCGUGAGUGCUACGGUUCUAGCCACAGCAUACAUGCACAAUGCCACAUUGAACAAGCAAACACUUGCCACCAUUUCGGCCGAGUGUGAAAAGUUCAUCGGUACGCAAGGAGGUGGCAUGGACCAGGCCAUUGCAUACCUAGCGCAGGAAGGAUGCGCCCAGUUGAUCGAGUGGAAUCCGCUGCGAGCCACACCGAUUCAGCUGCCAGCGAAUGCGGUGUUUGUAAUUGCCAAUAGUCUAUCCGAGGCAAACAAGGCGGCCACGUCCGACUUUAACCAGCGGGUUGUGGAGUGUAGACUUGCCAGCAGAUUGUUGGCGAAGCAGAUGAAGCUGAACUGGCGUGAGCUAAAUCGUUUCGCUGAUCUGCAGAAGGCGCUUGCCUAUUCGCUAGAGCAGAUGGAUGCGCUGGUGCAGGCCAACUUGAGCCUGAAUGUGUACACCAGGACCGAUCUGCUAAAGCUGCUGGAAGUAACCGAAGAGGACUUUACGGACAAUCUGUUAACGCCAAACACGCGCAACUCGCAAACUUUCAAGCUAAAGCAGCGAGCGUUACAUGUGUUCCAAGAGGCUCUACGCGUGCAGCAAUUUAUAGAAACGGCAAAGUCCACGCCGGAGGACUGCAUUUCGCGUAUGAAAGCUCUGAUGAAGCAGUCGCACGAAUCGUUGCGCACGCUGUACGAAUGCUCUCACGAAAAUCUGGAUCAGAUCGUUACCAUUUCCGAUCGGCUGGGCGUCGGAACACGUCUCACUGGAGCUGGGUGGGGUGGAUGCACUGUGGCACUGUGCGACGGUGUAGAGGAAAGCAAGCGAUUUGUCGAAACGCUAAAAGCGGAGUUUUACGCCAACAUUCCUAAGGCACAGGCAAGCGAUAUUGGCAGUCUGUGCUUCACCACCAGCCCGCAAAGAGGAGCGGAGAUAUAUUUGAUCGAAAAGCAACAAAACAACAUUCUUCCUACGCCAUAGUUGUUGUCAGCGGUUCUUGUAAUGUUCGACGCAUUUUCGGAUUUCGUUUUGAUUAGUGAACAGGUUUAGAAUGGAGAACGUUUUUUAAGUGGCUUUUUAAACAAUUUAGUUCACAAAUUUUUAUUCCUAAUUACAAACACAUUGUUUAAUUAGUAUGAUUUACAUGAUAGAAACCUAGUAGAUGUAAUAGCUAUUGUUCAUAAACAGCUACAAAAAACGAAUGCAAUAAAAAUUAACGUUU